AUGCCCAUUGAAAUACGAUGUUAUCGAGAUAUCAUUUGGCAAUUUAUAAAUCGUCCUAACCCACAACCAAAAAAUUGUAUGCAUGAAUGGUUAAACGUUUCUUCUCAUGGAAGUAAAUUAGAGUCGUUUUAUACCGGUCUCAGUAAUCACAAAGUUAAAUUAGUAUCUUCUACUAAGUCUAUUAGUCAAACUCACUAUUCCACUCCACCAUCAAUUGCAUUCACGCCUACCGAAGGCUUUCUAUUUGAAAAUAGUCUGAAGAUUCAAAUCUCACCUACCAAACCAAUUGAUUUCGAAGAUGAAGUUCGUAUAUUGACUCCUCAGCUUGAUCAUCCAGAUUAUAAACAGUUACAGUUUACUAUAAACACUACACAGUUCGUUCAAAAUGACGUCAUUGCUCAACUAUGUAGUUAUUCAUCACGUUUGAAACCUUCACAGAUUGUAGAAUUCGGCUCGUUUCGUUCCGGUCAUCGCUUACAAUGGUGGAAUCUUUUAACAAUUCUUGAGAUGGACUCAUUAUCUUUCGCUGAAGAGAGUGUAGCAAUACUGAUUAUACAUUCGAUAUUACAAUAUGGUCCGUUAAUAUCAGAUUCAAAUAUAUUGUCUGAUUCGUGGUGUCCAGAAUCACAUCAACAAUUAUUGGAAGAUCAUUUUGUCGAUGAGUUAAUCUCAAGAUUGAAUCGUCAUUUAGAUGACUGUGCAUUAAAUUGGCAGAAUGAAUUAGUAUUAGUCGUCAUUACAAUGAUUACGAUGAGAGUGUUAAGCAUUUGUAAUACAACAAGGAAAAAUAAAGCUGCUAAUUUAGCAAUAAAAUGUCGUAAAAUUGCUGAAAAAUGGAUUAAUUUCAUUACAAGAAGUAUUCAAACUAUAUCACCAUCAGCUUUGGAUGAAGUGGAAAAUCUUCGUCUUAAAAUGGUAACUGUUGGCAUUUCUUGCAUUUUGACAUUUUCAACUAACCAACAAAGAAUCAAUUUUUUAUUGUCAUCGAAUGAAGAUAUUGUAUCCUUAUUAAAAGCAGCAACUACUGUUCACGAUAAUAUAAUAUUAACCAAGAAUCGGGCCAAUAUGAGUAUUUUUAUAAGAAAUAUUAUGCGAUUUAGUGAACGGGUCUUAGUAAUGAUACAACCAACAGUUGCCAAAUUUCUACAGAAAACAUUCUAUCAAGGUUUGAAUGAAUUUACAGUGAUCUACUGGGCAGUCACUAAAAGAAAAGGUAGCAUGAAUGGACAGUGGACAAAGCGAACAGAAAAUCCAUAUGAUGGUUGGUACGAUUGUCAAUAUGAUUCGAGAGUUAUAUCAAUUGAUUUUAUAAGAGGAACUUUUUUGAUCGAUAAUAUGACUAUAGGCUUUUUACCUGACAAAAUCAUCUUCCAUGAAUCAUUUGUUCGUGUAUUUGGUGCUCAUAUCUUUGAAGUUCAAGCGGCUGAUUCACCUAAUACUUACAUUACUAAACAUUCGUAUCAUGGUACUGGACUCGUUCAAUACGAUUUUCAUUUCAAUGAUCGAAAUAAUCACUUAAUUAUUAAAGAACGAGAUAAUAUUGAUCAGACAAAUUGUAUCAUUCAUAUUCAUUUAUCACGUUUAGGCAUUGCUUUUCAAUACGAUCCUAGAACAAAUAUAAUAAUGUCUCGUGAAUAUUCAGAUAUGUGUGUUGAUGAACAUCAAUUGUUCGGAACUUUAACAAGUUUGACAUCUGGUCUUCUCCUAUCACCAUUAGCUGUCAACAACAACCAUAAAAUGGAACGCUAUCCGUAUCGAAAAUUGAUCGUACCUUUUGGAGAAUUACGUAGUGAAAAGACAUCCGACAUCAAUCAGCAAGCUGUUAUUAUACAGCGAUCAUCGUCAGUAUCUUUUCUUCACCAAUAUUUUGUUUUUAUUCUAAAUGAUCGAUUAAAAAUUUUACAAUCGACUGAUAGUCCUACUGGUUGGCUUUAUUUAGCAUUGUUACAUGCAAUGACAUCCCAUCCUUUACCAGAUCAGUAUACUGGAAUGACUGGAAUGGAACGCGCUUUUCAAUUGUUAAAUUCAGCUGGUUGUUGGUCAGAUCAACCCUUUGAUUCUCUUUCUCUAAAUAUAUUGAGUCAAAUUGCUGCCAUAUCGCCAAAAGUAGAUUACUAUCCAGAACAUCUGACUAGUAUGGAAAAAAUAGAUUGGAAUAAUAAUGCAAAAUUUCCUUUGAAUAACGAUCAACUUACAUUACUAGGUGGUAUUCUUGUCUGUUGGACGUUAGAACAGCAGCUAGAAAGAGCGUUGCAUUAUGCCAUUCAUGACAAAUUGGAAGAUUUUGCAAAAGAAAUAUCAAAUACACCACAUUCAAACUGGAAACCAUCUGAACAUGUCCCUUGGCUAAUCUUAGAACUGGAAAUGAACAUAACCAUUCGAGAAAUCCAAAUAAACGUAGCACGUCAUAUGAUGCAAACAGGUAUGGCAACAAAUAAGACUAAAGUAAAAAAUUUGGUACUGCAAAUGAAUAUGGGAGAAGGUAAAACGUCUGUUAUUUUACCAAUGUUAGCUGCUAGUUUAGCUUCAUCUGAUUCCAGUUUAGUUCGUAUAGUAGUUCUUAAAUCCUUAUUCCCAACAAAUUAUCAAUCAUUACGAUGUAAAUUAGGUGGUUUACUGAAUAGACGCAUAUUUUCCUUUUUAUGUCGUCGUGACAUGAAUUUUAAUGAGAAACAAAUUAAUCAUAUUUUUAAUCGUCUCAAGCAAGGUUUACAUAAUUGUGAUGUCAUAUUAACUUCACCAGAAGAUAUAUUAUCCUUCGAUUUGCUUACUAUAGACAAGUGCCGUCGAAAUGAAUUUGAUGUUGGUCGUUCUGUGUUGACAGUUCAACGAUGGCUAAAAUUAUUUGCUCGUGAUGUAUUAGAUGAAUCUGAUGAAAUUCUACAUGUAAAAUAUCAACUGGUUUAUACUGUAGGUAGUCAACAAAACGUUGAUGGAGGUGCAGAACGUUGGAAUAUCAUUCAGACAGUACUUUAUUUGGUCAAAAAACACGCUCUAUCUAUUUCAAAAUGUGUCAGUGAAGAAGUUUGCUAUAAAUCUCCUCCACGAAAAAGUGCUUUUCCAGAAUUUCGUUUGCAAUCACAUCAGCCAUUUUUACUGUUAUGUGAAAUUGUAGCUAACGAUUGGCUUAAUCAAAAAUCUUAUCGACAUGAAGAUAAAAAAAUUAUCUUAUCAUUCAUUUUAGCAACAAAUUCAUCCAUUGAACAACUAGAUAAUAAAUUUUCACAGCAUGAUAUUCAACAAUUUCUUAUCAUUCGUGGUUUGCUAUCAUCAGAAGUUUUAUUAGUUGCUUUGAAAAAAAGAUAUCGAGUUAACUAUGGUAUCACGUCAAAUCCUUCAUUUCAUCGUUUAAUGGCUGUGCCAUUUCGUGCAAAAGAUGUUGCUGCUGAUAGAACUGAAUUCGGUCAUCCUGACGUUGCUUUAGUAUUAACACAACUCUCUUAUUAUUACUCUGGUUUAAGCGAUUCACAAUUGAUUCAAUGCUUCGAUCGUUUGAGUGAAAAAGAAACUGAUCCUACAUCCAUCUAUGAACAAUGGAUCUUAGCCGAAGAACAAGACAGAGUACCUACAAGUAUCAAACAAUGGAAAGGAGUUAAUUUAAAAGAUUAUCAACAACGAACUCAUGAUCUGUUUCCGACUCUACGAUAUAAUAUGAUAGUUGUCAAUUAUUUUCUAAAUCAUUUUGUAUUUCCUCGAGAAGCAAAACAAUUUCCUCAUAAAUUAGUAGCAUCAGCUUGGGACUUAUCGUCAUCUUUACGAUCAAAAAUAGUGACUGGAUUUAGUGGUACUAAUGAUACACAAUUAUUACUUCCAGUUCAUAUUCAACAAUACGAUUUACCUGAACUUCAAAAAACUGAUGCCAUCGUUGUUAAUAAUUUACUACAGCGUGGAAAUGAAAGUUACCAAUAUUUACCAUUUAAUACUACCUCAGAAGAUAUUUUAAAUCAAAUAAUAAAUUACAAAAAAACUAUUAGUGUUAUUUUAGAUGUCGGCGCACUAUUUAUUGAUGGAACUAAUCGAGAUAUAGCUGUUAAAUGGUUAUAUCUAUCUAAAAAAGACAAGAUUGAUUAUGCCGUUUAUUUUGAUUUAGAUUCUAUUGUUGUUUGUGAUCGUCAACUUCAUCAUUAUCGAUUUGAAACAUCACCUGCAAGUGAACGACUAGAUCGUUGUGUAUUUUAUUUAGAUGAAAUUCAUACGAGAGGAACUGAUUUUAAAUUUCCAAAUGGUUUCCAAGCUGCAGUUACAUUAGGAAAUGGUUUAACAAAAUAUCGUUUUGCUCAAGCUUGUAUGAGAAUGAGAAAUCUAGGAAAAGGGCAUUCUUUAACAUUUUGGAGUUCAAAUGAAGUUCAUCAACAAAUAAUAACAUUGAAAAAACGUUCACAUAUUAAAAAUCAAAAAGAAACUAUUCAUAUUUCCGUCAAUCUAAUCGAUAUUCUUCGUUGGGUUUAUGAGAAUACAAAACAAUCAACUUGGGAUGGAUUACAUCAUUGGGCUACACAAAGUCUAAGUUUUCAACGAAAAGUUAGUGCAUUUCAAGUGAUUCAAUGGGAAAAUCAACAGCAAUCGAUUACCUGUACAAUGAUGAAAAAAUUGGUCAGCGAAUGUUUGGAACCAGAAAUAAUUGAAUUGAAACGUAUAUAUGGUCCAGCUAAAGUAUUGGAGACAAUUGAAAAAGUUUAUUUUGGCCGAAGUCAACAGUGUAAUCAUCAUUUAUCGACAGAUAUUCACAAUGUAGUGCUAAAACGAUUGCACGAAUAUGGUGGAACAAAACAACGUCUAUCUCAAUUGUUAGAUGAAGAACAACAGCGAGAACUAGAACAUGAAUUGGAAGAAGAACGACAAUUAGCACAGCCUCUACCUGUCAAGCCAUGUUGUCCCAGACUAUGUGAGGAAAUCAAACAAUUGUGCGACAUAAAUAGUAAAGUCAUGAACUUGGCAGAAUUAUCUAAUGUCUUUCAUACAUUACCACAUGCCUUCACUGAUACCAAGUUUUUUAAGCAAUGUCAACCAAAUAGUUGGCCAUCAAAUUUUUGGGUUUCUACUGAAUUUCAGCGUGUGACUGAGACAAAAGGAAUAUCAUUAGAUCCAUUUAUGCGUCCUCCACGAUGGAUUGUUGUCUAUCGAUAUCAACAUAUUAUUUUUAUUAGUGCCUUUGAAGCUAACUGGUUGAUGGGUUGCUUGAAAUUCAACAAAUCGUCGGCAACCACAUUACGCUUAUUAUUACCGCGUAUUAAGCGAUUUCAAUCAAUAUUUGUCAACACUCCAACUCUCACA